GGACGGCCCUUGUUUGUUUACCUUUUUCGAGAGCAAUGAAGGAACAGGAAGGUGACCAAACUCAAGAAAUAGAUGACUUAUCGAAUGGUGCCGACGAGGUGGAUUACCCGCCAAAUAAUUAUAUAUAUAGAGUUGUGGAUAUAUUUUUUAUCGUGAUUGGAAUUUUCACGUACUAUGUCGACUGGGGAUUUGAUGUUCUGACUGCAUACAACCACUGGAUGCAUGGUGACUUCACUUGGUUUUACUUAACUGUCCUCUUCAUAUGUGUUCCAUCAAUUGUUAUGUCAGCAGUGUCCCUAUAUUGGUACAUAAAAGACCAUAACAACCCUGAAGUUCCUAAGGCUUCCGCAACACGUUGGGUUAUUCGAGUAUUUAUGCUGCUGCUUCAACAAGGGCCCAUUCUCAGGUAUGUUGAUUCAUUGUAUUAUGGGCUCAGGAGCCGUAGAUAUUGGAAAGAAGGUGACAAAAAGCGCCAGAGGCAGUACUAUACUUGGAUGCUGUAUGAAGAUGGAGACUGCGUCCUUUUACGUCUCUUUGAAUGCUUCAUGGAGGCUGCCCCUCAGCUUGUUUUACAACUGUAUAUUCUGUCACUUGUGAGGAAAUCUGAAUACGGAUCUAAAUGGAUGUAUGUCCUUAGUAUUGGUUGUAUUACAUCACUCGUGAGCUUAGCCUGGGGAGUGACGUCUCAUGCACGAGGGAGUCGCUUCACUUGUCUUGACAAAAAUAACAUCAACUUGAAGGGGUCUGUUGUCCUACUUCUCUGGCAUAUAUUCAGCAUUGGAGCAAGAGUGAUUGCCAUGGUGUUGUUUGCAUCAAAGUUUCGAUUGUGGCUCUUUGUUGUAUGCUUUGCUCAUUGGUUCCUCAUGGUUGUUUGGUUGAUGGCUCGCAGGUCACUGGCUCACGCAUGUUCGCACAAACUUGGAGAAGUAACCCUCAGCUUUGUGUUGGCUGCUGUGUACAUCUUCAGCUUCAUUAAUGAAAAGGAGGAGCCCACAAAAUAUAAAUACAUAGCCUAUUAUAUUAUCUGUGAAUUUGAAAAUGUGAUUAUGGUUGUCCUAUGGCUUAUUUAUGCAAAUCCAGACCUCUGGUAUUAUAUUCCAGGUGCAGUGUUCCACUUUGUGUCAUUUUUCUUGGCCAUGGUCUUGAUGGUGGCGUAUUAUUCUUUCUUCCAUCCAACUCGACCUCGCAUUACUCAGAACAGAAGGAAGCCACCACUUCCUGCUGAUGGAGAAGGAUCUGUUCCUCAUCAUCCCCUCUCUCCUGUUACCCCUACAGAUUCAGAACCUCAACUUAAAGUUGAUUUGAUAGAGAGCAACAAGACCCAGGUGUUAGAAGCAAGUUUGUGAAUAAUUUAAAGUCAUAAUAAUUGUAAGAGAGAAAUUAGUCUCAUCUGUGCUGGUGCCUUAUAAAUGUUCAGUCUUCUAGCAGGAGAACACUGAAAUUAGUUUGGUGCUUGGAAGGUUAUUCCAGAGUCAGUGUUCAAUGCAUUUGGUUGGUCUCGUGUACAUUAUUAAUUGUAGGAGGAAGUUGGAGGUGAAGAACUCAUUGUUCUUGAAUUUCAAGCAUUUAUGUAUUUAUAAUGUAUAAAAUCUACUGGUCACAUUCACCAAAUCUGUGGAAAUACUACAGCCAUACAAAGAACUUAUAAAAUUCAAAAUUAAGAGGAAAAGGAGUAAAAUGCUUAGAAGGUAGCUUUAAGAGAAAUGUUGAGUUAUUUCUUCUCUUAACCAUGUUUCAAGUUUUGUAGAGGAAAAGUAUAAUUUCUUCAUUUCAUUUGUUAUUGUCAGUCGUCAAGAUUUGUUUGUAAUUGGUAUGCCCACCAAAAUUUCAGAAAAGAGAACUUUGAUUGUAUGGUCAUUGUAUUUCCAUGUCCUAAUUUAAAUAAUGUAAAGUUGAUGAUAGAUUUAUCAUUGUCUCAUGUUGGAAAUUUUGGUAACUGAAACUUUGGCUCAAGAUUCUCUUAAUUGUGGUUUUGUUAGAGCACAUGCUCAAAAUUUGUUUGUUAAGUUGAUCGUAACUCAAAAAAUCAAGAAUUUUGAGGUUAGAAUGUAGCCUAAAUGCAACAAAUUUGUCUGUGUUGAGUAUAAAAUAUUUGUAGCUUAUUUAUACAGGGUACUUAUGAUUUUAGAAAUAGGUAACAUUUCUAUAUUUUUAUUUUGUAUAAAUGCACAAACCACAAACUGUAUGCACAUAGUUAAUGCAUUUUUAAUUUUAUGUAAAGUUACUUGGAUAUGGUGCAACAGAGUUGAAGAUUGAGGUAGAACUCAAGAAUAUCAUGAAAGUAACUUCAUUUUAUUUUUGCUUGAGGGGUUUGGCCUUUGACAAGAGAAAAAUUAUAAUAAGUAACAAAGACCUUCUAGCAUAUUUUACACUUAGCAUUCAAAGUUUCCCAUAGCCAGCAGUAAUGCCAUAUAGUUUUAGCCUAAGCUAACCUUUCCUCUAAAUUCAUUGUUUCCGAGAUUCACCUGCAAAAUUAUGUCACAUCUACAAAGGUAGCUUAGCAAAAAAGCCAUAAUAGUAUCGAUAACAACUCAAAAUCUGAGAGAGAGAGGGGCUAUGGUAUUCUUUAUAUAUGUAUGGGAGGUAAAGUGGCUUUAUCUUGUCCGUUUGAGACAAAAUUUCAAUUGUAAAAUGAUGAAAUUGGACACACUGAAGGCUGGUGAGGGCCAUAUUUUUCUAUGGUACAUUCAUAGUGAUAAUACAAGGUCAUUUUGACUUGUGCGAGUUGAGUGUUUUUUAAAAGUUGGAUAGCUUAAUUAUCAGUAAAUCAUGAAAUAACAUUAUCUUCCAUGAAUUAUGCUCGUAAAUGUGUUGCUCUAGUGUUGCAUAGCUCUCUUGUUGUACGUAUAUGGUUUCAGUAAUUGCAAGUAAUGCUCCUCUGUCCACACAACAAAGAUAUGAAAUGUAGGCCAUUCAAAAGGGUAGGACUAAUCACCCAAUAUUGAAGAAAUAAGUUUUUUCUUCUUUCAAAAUGGUAUAUAAUAACAUUCUGAUUUUGCACUCUCGUGUCACCAUGGAUUUGGGUGCCAUUGUGGGAAAUUGUUUGUUAAAGUAAGUUUAAAUUUUGUAUUUCAGUUGGAAUAUGUUUUCAUCCGAACAAUAUGUAGAAUCAGUAAAUAAUUACCAAGAAAUUAUCUACAAGGAAGGCUGUGUAGAUUUCUAUACAAUGCUUUGUCUGUAUGCUGGAGGUUAAUAUCUUAGCAAUUAACCCUCUUACGCCGAUUG